AUGACGUUGAGGCAUUCUUUCACAAGAGAGGACAUAUUGCCGAGCCGACCUGCGCUCCAUUUUCCCCGUUACAGGGACCCAUCGCUCCUCGCUCUGUCGACCAGGAGGCCAUUGAUUUAUUCCCUACUGCGAGGGUGGGUCAACGACUGCCAAGAAUGGCAUCAUGGCAUCUUUUAUCCCCCCUCACAAGUCGAUCCUACAUGGCCAAUUCGUCUGAUUGAUUGCAAAACUCGCCUUGUUAUCGAGGUGGCGCAUCUCACGAGGCCUUGUCCCCCGUUCUUAGCCCUAAGUUAUGUAUGGGGGCAAGUGGUGGACCAACCUGAUCGCCCAUCAGACCACAGCCAACCUCUUGAAAAUCUCCCGAGAACUGUCCGGGAUAGUAUGGUUGUCACUCUUCGGCUUGGAUUCCGCUACCUAUGGAUCGAUAAAUACUGUAUCCGCCAGGACGAUGAGGAAGACAAACAACGCCAGAUCCGGCUCAUGACAGGAAUAUACGGCGGAGCUCAAGUCAUCCUCGUCGCGGCUGGCGGCUCCGAUCCAACGUAUGGCCUACCGGGCGUCAGCCGGGCUCGGCAAUUCCUUCAGCCGCGCGUGAGGCUGAAAAAUCGGACUCUGGUCUUGGGGUACGACUUAGGCACAAUCAAGGACAGCGUCUCUAUGUCAACAUAG